ACAUCGUCAGUCGGUCAGCAUCGGGUAUGUCAAUGAGUUAAAUAGCGCCAAAGAAAGUCCGCCCAAAAUUUUCCCGCAUUAAGUAACCGCCAGCUUGCAUUCGGAAGAUUAUGCUUUUGCAGGGUGGCACGCGAAGUGCAGCAAGAUGAAUACGGUUAUCAAAUUAUUGGACCGCCAGUACGGUUACGCUUCUUUGACUUCGUAUGAUUCGGUGUUAACGCGGUUGGCUGUUCAUGAACAAGAUAGCUGGAAAGGGAUUAGCCCUUCGGUACUGACCGCGGAUUUCAAUCCUGCUCCACCAAUUUUGGCAGCUAAAUUUUCGAAAUGUGAAGGAAAUGAACACAUUUUGGCGAUUGCCAAUGAAGAUGGAAAAGUGGCAAUUCAAGAUACCAAUUUACCAAACAAGGAGCCGGGUGGGGAGCGUGCGCUGGAGGGAGAGCAGUGUCAUUUGAAUGCGGUGUUUGAUAUUGAAUGGAUGCCUGGGGAUAUGAAGCUGGUAUCCGCUUCCGGCGAUCAUACGGCCCGAUUGUGGGAGCUGACGGAAUCGAAGUUGGUUAGCAGUCAGGUGUUCAAUGGACAUUCGCGGUCCGUUAAAACGGCUUCUUUUCGACGGACUGAUCCGGCGGUUUUCGCCACCGGAGGACGGGAUGGUGUAAUUGUUCUAUGGGAUAUACGAGCACAGCUCGGCUCAAAUUUGGCUCCUAGAGCCGAUAGUUGCAUCUUUAGCGGUCACGCCGGAGGUCCGGGAACGCCUUCGGCGUAUCGCAAGCGAACAAGGGCGACACCAAAGAUACCGCCGAAUGGGUGCAGCAGUAGUAUCACAGGUUUAGCAUUUCAGGAUGAUAAUACGCUGAUUUCAUGCGGCGCUGGAGAUGGUAUAAUUAAAGUUUGGGAUGUCCGGAGACACUAUACCAGCCACAAUCGAGAACCACUACCAAAGUACAGUUUCCCGUAUGCAGGGACGACGACCUUAAAAGGUUUUACAAACCUUCUAAUCGAUGUCACACGGAAGCGACUUUACGUGAAUUGCAUGGACAAUCACAUUUACUGCUAUAAUGUUUCGAGUUAUGCCACGGAACCGAUUCAACGGUAUAGUGGUUUCAAAAAUGGAACAUUUUACAUUAAGUCAUAUUUAAGUCCGGACGGACAGUAUCUAAUCAGUGGAUCGAGUGAUGAAAAGAGUUACAUCUGGAAUGUGGACAAUCCGAAUCCAUUGGCUCGUUUGAAUGGUCACACCGUUGAAGUGACCAGUGUUGCCUGGAUGCAGUCCCAUAACGAUAUUCGGAUUGUUACUUGCAGCGAUGAUGCAAGGCACAAAAUCUGGCGAAUAGGACCGGAGCAGAUCGAAUCGGAUGACAAAUUAAACUACAAGGGAGAAGCGGAAUAUUGCGAGAAAUAUCGCCAGCAAGCGACUAAAGUGAGACUGAAAUCAUUGGAGUUUACACCAAGGUCAAUCCGACGGAUUAUGGAACGGAAUGAAAAGACCCCAAACACCGUCGAGAAAAAGGUCACCGGAAAGCGAACUUUUGUUGAGAUGGCUGGUUUUGAUCAACAGGAUGAUUUGUCAACAUCUUGUUUGGAAAUCAAGCGACCAAAUAUAGAAACGCGGGGACGCAGGUUGUUUAGUCCUGCGAAUACGAAUAACAAAUUUUCAGGGUUUGCAGCAUUAGAAAUCGCAUCGAGUUCUUCGACUUCUCGAAGUCUGAAUACUAUUUUGGAAGAAAGUGACGAUAAAUCAUCGGCAAACUGCAGAUCCCCCUUGACGAUGUCAGAUUUAAACCUCAGAUCGCCGGAAAUUGAUGGUUCGAACCAAAAACCUUCCAAUGGUUUAUCAUCUCCAACAAUCAACCUGCCGAAUUUCGUCAUUGAUGGCGAUGCCCCUCACUUAGUCAACGUCAACACUAACAUCGGUGCUAAGCGCAAACUGAAGGAGAAUGUUGACUGGUUAACAAAAAUACGAAAGCAAAAGUUACUGCAAGCUGCCAAAUCUGUCGAAACGUUGUCAUCCGGCGGUGCAUCCGACGAAGUCUCGCUGCUGCAAUCGCCGCGAUUACAGCUGCUGAAGACUUCGGACGAUAGUCCGUCCACGUCCAAUAGCCAUCAGCAUCUACCCACUACACCUCGCAGAAGGGCAUCCCGAUGCGGGUCGACUGAUGGUACUGGACAGCCUAAAACACCCCGAAGCAGACGGAACUCGAUAAGUAUAAGCCAGGGACAUCCAACCACUCCGGAGACGUCCAUUCUUAGGUUUCUCAUCAGCACAACGCCAACCGGUGCCGGAGGGGGCAAUGGGCCCAGCAGUAGCCUUCACUGAUCAUUUAUUAGACAAUUUCCUAGCUACAUUUUGAGCUUUGUUGGUUAGAAAACUCGAACUUCUUUUUUUUUCUGUAUAUUGUUGAGCUUGCCUUAGAGUUUCGAAUGUUUCAAUAACAAACACUGUUUUAUUGCUGCUUUAUUCACGCACAUACUAGUUUUAGGGAUAAGAGCAUCAUUUAUCCGGGAUGUCUUGACUGGUUGACUUCGUUAUUAUAAGAUUUUAUUAGAAACGAUAAAAAUGUAUAAAUAAUUGCCAAGUAGUUUAGCAAUUUUCACACAAAUGCGAUGAGAGCUACUUGCGAACGAGUGUAUAAAUCAGAUAAAACGUUUUG